AUGAAGCUGGCGACAGGACUGUGGGUCUGGGUGAGCCUUCUCGUGGCGGCGGGGACCGUCCAGCCCAGCUCUUCUCAGUCAGUGUGUGCAGGCACAGAGAAUAAGCUGAGCUCUCUCUCCGACCUGGAGCAGCAGUACCGAGCCUUGCGCAAAUACUAUGAGAACUGCGAGGUAGUCAUGGGCAACCUGGAGAUCACCAGCAUCGAGCACAACCGGGACCUCUCCUUUCUGCGGUCUAUACGAGAAGUCACAGGCUACGUGUUGGUUGCUCUUAAUCAGUUUCGCUACCUGCCUCUGGAGAACUUACGCAUUAUCCGUGGGACAAAGCUUUAUGAGGAUCGAUAUGCCUUGGCAAUAUUUUUAAACUACAGAAAAGAUGGAAACUUUGGACUUCAAGAACUUGGACUGAAGAACUUGACUGAAAUCCUAAAUGGCGGCGUCUAUGUAGACCAGAACAAAUUUCUUUGUUAUACAGACACUAUUCAUUGGCAAGAUAUUGUUCGGAAUCCAUGGCCUUCCAACCUGACCCUGGUGUCGACAAAUGGUAGCUCAGGAUGUGGACGUUGCCAUAAGUCCUGUACAGGCCGAUGCUGGGGACCCACGGAAAAUCAUUGCCAGACUUUGACAAAGACUGUGUGUGCAGAACAGUGUGAUGGCAGAUGCUAUGGACCCUACGUGAGUGACUGCUGUCACCGGGAGUGUGCUGGAGGCUGUUCGGGACCAAAGGACACCGACUGCUUUGCCUGCAUGAAUUUCAAUGACAGCGGAGCGUGUGUUACUCAGUGUCCACAAACUUUUGUCUACAAUCCCACUACCUUUCAACUGGAACAUAACUUCAACGCAAAAUACACCUAUGGAGCAUUUUGUGUCAAGAAGUGCCCACAUAAUUUUGUAGUUGAUUCCAGUUCCUGUGUGCGUGCUUGUCCUAGUUCCAAGAUGGAAGUGGAAGAAAAUGGGAUUAAAAUGUGUAAACCUUGCACUGACAUUUGCCCAAAAGCAUGUGAUGGCAUUGGCACAGGAUCGUUGAUGUCAGCUCAGACCGUGGAUUCUAGUAACAUUGACAAAUUCAUAAACUGCACCAAAAUCAAUGGGAAUUUGAUCUUCCUUGUCACUGGUAUUCAUGGGGACCCUUACAAUGCAAUUGAAGCCAUAGACCCAGAAAAAUUGAAUGUCUUUCGGACAGUCCGAGAGAUAACAGGUUUCUUGAACAUACAGUCAUGGCCUCCAAACAUGACCGACUUCAGUGUUUUUUCUAACUUGGUAACCAUUGGUGGAAGAGUACUCUAUAGUGGACUUUCCUUGCUGAUCCUCAAGCAACAGGGCAUCACUUCUCUACAGUUCCAGUCCUUGAAAGAAAUCAGUGCGGGGAACAUCUACAUCACUGACAACAGCAAUCUGUGCUAUUACCAUACCAUUAACUGGACAACACUCUUCAGCACAGUCAACCAAAGGAUAGUGAUUCGGGACAACAGAAAAGCUGAAAACUGUACUGCUGAAGGAAUGGUGUGCAACCAUCUCUGUUCAAAUGAUGGGUGUUGGGGACCUGGGCCAGACCAGUGCUUGUCAUGCCGUCGCUUCAGCAGGGGAAGAACCUGCAUAGAGUCUUGUAACCUCUAUGACGGCGAAUUUCGGGAGUUUGAGAACGGCUCCAUCUGUGUCGAGUGUGACCCCCAGUGUGAGAAGAUGGAAGAUGGCAUCCUCACGUGUCAUGGACCGGGACCUGACAACUGUACAAAGUGCUCCCAUUUCAAGGAUGGCCCGAACUGUGUGGAAAAAUGUCCAGAUGGCUUACAGGGGGCAAACAGUUUCAUUUUCAAGUAUGCUGAUCAAGAUCGAGAGUGCCACCCGUGCCAUCCAAACUGCACCCAAGGGUGCAUAGGCUCGAGUAUAGAAGACUGCAUCGGCCUGAUGGAUAGGACUCCUCUAAUUGCAGCUGGAGUCAUUGGUGGGCUCUUCAUCCUGGUCAUUGUGGGCCUAACAUUUGCAGUUUAUGCUCGAAGGAAGAGCAUCAAAAAGAAAAGAGCCUUAAGAAGAUUCCUGGAAACAGAGCUGGUAGAACCCUUAACUCCCAGUGGCACAGCACCCAAUCAAGCUCAACUUCGUAUUUUGAAGGAAACUGAGCUCAAAAGAGUCAAAGUACUUGGCUCAGGUGCUUUUGGAACCGUUUAUAAAGGUAUUUGGGUCCCUGAAGGAGAAACAGUGAAGAUUCCUGUGGCUAUUAAGAUUCUUAAUGAAACAACUGGUCCCAAAGCCAAUGUGGAAUUUAUGGAUGAAGCCCUAAUCAUGGCGAGUAUGGACCAUCCCCACUUGGUUCGAUUACUGGGUGUGUGUCUGAGCCCAACCAUUCAGCUGGUGACACAGCUCAUGCCCCAUGGCUGUCUGCUGGAUUAUGUCCAUGAGCACAAGGAUAACAUCGGCUCACAGCUGUUACUUAACUGGUGUGUCCAGAUAGCGAAGGGAAUGAUGUACCUGGAAGAAAGACGGCUUGUUCAUCGGGACUUGGCAGCCCGUAAUGUCUUAGUGAAAUCUCCAAAUCAUGUGAAAAUCACGGAUUUUGGACUAGCCAGACUCUUGGAAGGAGAUGAAAAAGAGUAUAAUGCUGAUGGAGGAAAGAUGCCAAUUAAAUGGAUGGCUCUGGAGUGUAUACAUUAUAGGAAAUUCACCCAUCAGAGCGACGUUUGGAGCUAUGGAGUCACUAUAUGGGAACUGAUGACCUUUGGAGGAAAACCUUAUGAUGGAAUUCCAACCAGAGAAAUUCCGGAUUUAUUAGAGAAAGGAGAACGUUUGCCCCAGCCUCCCAUCUGCACUAUUGACGUUUACAUGGUCAUGGUCAAAUGUUGGAUGAUUGAUGCUGACAGUAGACCUAAAUUUAAGGAACUGGCUGCUGAAUUUUCAAGGAUGGCUCGAGACCCUCAAAGAUAUCUAGUUAUUCAGGGUGAUGAUCGUAUGAAGCUUCCCAGUCCAAAUGACAGCAAGUUCUUUCAGAAUCUCUUGGAUGAAGAAGAUUUAGAAGAUAUGAUGGAUGCUGAGGAAUACCUGGUCCCUCAAGCUUUCAACAUCCCUCCUCCCAUCUAUAGUUCCAGAGCAAGAAUUGACUCAAAUAGGAACCAGUUUGUCUACCGAGACGGGGGCUUCGCUGCAGAGCAAGGAGUACCCAUGCCCUACAGGGCCACCACCAGCACAAUCCCAGAAGCCCCCAUUGCUCAGGGGGCCACCGCAGAGAUUUUUGAUGACUCCUGCUGUAAUGGCACCUUACGCAAGUCCGUGGCACCCCACGUCCAAGAAGACAGCAGCACCCAGAGAUACAGCGCUGACCCCACAGUCUUUGCCCCAGAACGGAGCCCACGAGGAGAGCUGGAUGAAGAAGGUUACAUGACUCCUAUGCGAGACAAACCCAAACAAGAAUACCUGAACCCUGUGGAGGAGAACCCUUUCGUUUCUCGGAGGAAAAAUGGAGAGCCUCAGGCUCUGGAUAACCCCGAGUACCACAGCGCCUCCAGCGGGGCACCCAAGGCAGAGGAUGCGCCUGUGAACGAGCCGCUGUACCUCAACGCCUUCGCCAACGCCCUGGGGAGCGCCGAGUACCUGAAGAACAGCGUGCUGUCUGUGCCCGAGAAGGCCAAGAAAGCGUUCGACAACCCCGACUACUGGAACCACAGCCUGCCCCCGCGGAGCACCCUGCAGCACCCGGACUACCUGCAGCAAUACAGCACAAAGUAUUUUUAUAAACAGAAUGGACGGAUCCGGCCUAUCGUGGCAGAGAAUCCCGAAUACCUCUCUGAGUUCUCGCUGAAGCCGGGCACUGUGCUGCCUCCGCCGCCCUACAGACACCGGAAUACUGUGGUGUGA